UGAUUUUGUUAUCUGGGUUUCAACUUUCGAGGAUUCUAGAGCAAAGGUAUGGGUUUGUUUCGUAAAAUCUUUUACAAGAAGCCACCUGAUGGCCUCCUGGAGAUCUGUGAACGAAUUCAUGUUUUUGAUUGCUGCUUCUCUAUUGAUUCUUGGGAAGAAGAAACCUACAAAGUCCACAUGAAGGGAAUAGUUAGUAAUCUUUCAAAUCACUUCCCUGAGGCUUCAUUCUUGGUCUUUAAUUUCCGCGAAGGCGAAAAGAGAAGCUAUAUGGCAGAAUUAAUAUCUGAGUACAACAUGAAAAUAAUGGAUUACCCCUGUCAGUAUGAAGGGUGUCCGUUAAUUACUAUGGAGGUGCUCCACCUUUUCAUGCGAUCAUGCGAAAGCUGGCUCUCGCUUGAUGAGAACAAUUUGCUAUUAAUGCAUUGCGAGCGGGGUGGUUGGCCAGUCAUGGCUUUCGUGCUGGCUGCAUUGCUGCUAUAUAGGAAGCAGUACAGCGGAGAGCAGAAGACAUUGGACAUGAUAUACAGGCAAGCUCCGAAUGAGCGUUUACAAGUGCUAUCAUCCCUGAAUCCAAUGCCUUCACAAUUGAGGUAUCUACGAUAUAUCUCAAGGAGAAAUGUGUCCAUAGAAUGGCCUCCUUUGGAUCGACCUCUCACCUUGGGUUGCAUCAUUCUUAGACACAUUCCAAAUGUUGAUGGAGAGGGAGGCUGCCAUCCGAUAUUUAGAAUAUAUGGACAUGAUCCUUCUGUUACUGCUGAUAAAACUCCAAAACUUUUGUACUCAAGCCCUAAAAGUAGCAAAUGUGUCCGAUAUUAUAAGCAGAAAGAAUGUGCACUUGCUAAAAUUGACAUAAACUGCCAUGUUCAAGGCGAUGUUGUGGUUGAGUGUGUCAACUUGAAUGACAAAGAAGGAGAGAAUAUGAUAUUCAGGGUUGUAUUUAACACAUCUUUUAUUAGAUCAAACAUUUUAAUAUUCAGUCGAGAUGAACUUGAUAUAUUGUGGGAUGCUAAGGAGCAGUUUCCCAAAGAAUUUAGAUCUGAGAUUCUUUUCUCAGAAAAUGAUGCUGCUUCUUCCGUUACUCCCACGGAUGCUUUUUGCUAUGAAGAGAAAGAAGGAGUUCCUAUAGAAGCAUUUUCCAAAGUUCAAGAAAUGUUUAGUAAUCUUGACUGGUUGGAUUCCAAGUCAGGUGCCACAUAUAACAUGCUUCAACAAAUAGGUGCGUUAAAUAUUUCCCAAGAGAAGUCUGACAGUGACUCGAAUAACAAUGUCGACAGCCCUCAGCGAUGGAGAACUAGUCCUAGAACACUUUGGGAAGAAAAACUACUCACGACAUUACCAGGUAGCCCGAUGAGUCCCACAACUAUGUCUUUGAAGACUCUGGUUGUGCCCUCAGAUAAGUCACCUGUAAGUAAGGAGGCUAAACCCCAAGACUCUCAAAUUGAAUCAUUCAAUCAGUUUGCGAUUUCACAACAACAAAAUAACCAGUCUGUUGCAUUAGCCAAAGAUCACCCUUCCAAGGCUUCCUCUUCUAUGUCCUCUCCAUCUUCUGCAGUAGCUUCACCUGUGACAUCUCCUUUAACACCACUCGGCAAGGAGGACCGUGCUGCUAGACAAACCCCUCCUACUAAAUCUCCACCUCCUAAAACACCACCUGCCAAGGAGGACCUUGCGGUUAAAGAGACCACACCUGCUACACCGCCUCCGAAAACACCACCUGUAAAAGAUAAUCAAAUUAUCAGUGGCAUACUUCCAGAAACAUCUCAAUUUUUGAAGGAAGUUUUAGUUGGGUUAAUGACAACUCCAGCACCAAUACCUCCUACAAUGCCACCUUUAAAGGAAAAUGCAGCUUCCACGCCUGCACUUCCUCCACUUUCACUACCUACUUUUCAUUCCAUUCAAGAAGUAAGUACAACUACUCCAUUAGCAGCAUCCCCACCCCCACCAUCACCCACAGGUGGUGCAUCAUCAGUACCCCCAUCAACACUAUCACCACUAUCACCCCCAACUGUUUCAUUAUCAACACCUGCACCACCCCCAUCACAAGCCCUAAUUGUUCCAUCAUCAGCACCUGUACCACCGCCACUACAAGCCCCAAUUGUUUCAUCAUCAGCACCCUCACUACCACCCCCAAUUGUAUCUUCGUUAGUACCGGUACCACAAGACCUAACUGUUUCAUCAUCAGCACCCCCGCCACCUCCACAACCUCACCCAACUGUUUCAUCGUCUCCACCCGCACCAUCCCCACCACCAACCCCAAUUGUUUCAUCAUCAGCACCCCCACCACCACCCUCAAUUGUUUCAUCAUCUGCAUCCUCACCACCACCACUAACUGGUCCAUCAUCUGCACCCCCACCACCACCCACAACUGGUUCAUCAACAACACCCCCACCACCACCACCCACAACUGGUUCAUCAUCAGCACCCCCACCACCACCACCACCCACAACUGGUUCAUCAUCUGCACCCCCUGCUCCUUUUGGUAAGAAGGCAGGUAGUGGACCUUCAGCUCCUGCACCACCACCUUUUAUUUCAUCCGCAAAUGCAAAGAAUAGACUUUUGUCACGUGGUGAUUUAAAGAACGACCAGAACAAGAAACUAAAGCCAUUGCAUUGGUUGAAGUUAUCUAGAGCCGUACAGGGAAGCCUAUGGGCUGAAGCACAAAAAACGAGUGAAGCUUCCAAGGCUCCUGAGAUCGACAUAUCAGAGCUUGAGAAUCUAUUCUCAGCAGCUGCUCCUAAAACAGAUCGUAGUAAAUCAAGUUCUCGUACAGCGAAAGGGUCAAAAACUGAAAAAGUGCAACUGAUUGACCUCAGGCGUGCGUAUAAUUGUGAAAUCAUGCUUUCAAAAGUGAAAGUGCCCCUGCCUGAAUUAAUGAGUUCUGUUCUCGCCUUGGAGGAAUCAGCAUUAGAUGUUGACCAAGUUGAUAACCUUAUAAAAUUUUGUCCUACCAAAGAGGAGAUGGAGCUACUGAAGGGCUACACUGGAGACAAGGAUAAGUUGGGAAAAUGUGAACUGUUCUUCUCGGAGCUAAUGAAAGUCCCCCGAAUUGAAUCGAAGCUUAGGGUGUUCUCUUUCAAGAUUCAGUUUCGCUCCCAGGUUUCUGAUCUCAGACGUAGCCUUAAUAUUGUAAACUCGAUAGUGGAGGAGAUCAGAAAUUCUGUCAAAUUGAAGAGAGUAAUGCAGACAAUUCUUUCAUUAGGAAAUGCUUUGAAUCAGGGAACUGCAAGGGGUUCUGCUGUCGGAUUUAGAUUGGACAGCCUUCUUAAACUAACAGAUACACGUGCACGGAACAAUAAGAUGACUCUCAUGCAUUACCUUUGUAAGGUGCUUGCUGAUAAGCUUCCACUUGUACUAGAUUUUUCAAAAGACGUUUCAAGUUUAGAACCGGCAUCAAAGAUACAACUGAAAUUUUUGGCAGAGGAAAUGCAUGCCAUAAGCAAAGGAUUGGAGGAAGUCGUUCAAGAGCUGUCGAGUUCUGAAAAUGAUGGACCUGUGUCAGAAAACUUCCGCGAGAAAUUAAAGGAGUUCCUCUGUUUUGCUGAAGCUGAAGUGAGAUCCCUGGCUUCAUUAUACUCCGGGGUGGGUAGAAACGUAGAUGCAUUGAUUAUUUAUUUCGGAGAAGAUCCAGCUAAAUGUUCCUUUGAACAAGUUACAUCAACUCUACUCAAUUUUGUGAGGAUGUUUAACAAAGCUCAUGAUGAGAACUGCAAGCAGCUUGAGCAAGAAAUGAAAAAGUCGGCGGAAAACGAGAAGUCGCAGGCAAACCCUUUGUAGAAUGAAUC